CAGGGAGCUCUGUGAUCUAUUACUUCAGUCUGGAAUGAGCUUUGCCUUGGCGGAAAUACUGACGUGUUCACAGCAGAGUAGCGCGAGCGGCGGACAGGCAGCCGAGAGUGACACAGCGGCAGCACCUGGACAGAAAAGACAGCAUGUCAGAAGGAGACAGUUCUGCUGAAUCCAUCCAUGGGAAACCAUCCGCCAUAGCAAGCUUCUUCACGCGUCUUGGACAGAUCUACCAGUCAUGGUUGGACAAGUCGACUCCGUUCUCAGCAGUACGAUGGGCGGUCACACUUCUCCUUACAGCAAUAUACAUGAUCAGAGUGUAUAUACUACAGGGGUGGUACAUAGUCACAUAUGCCCUCGGAAUCUACCAUCUCAAUUUGUUCAUUGCUUUUCUCUCGCCGAAAGUGGACCCAUCAUUGCUUGAUGACCCAGAUGACGGUCCUUCGCUUCCUACAAAACAAAAUGAGGAAUUCAGGCCGUUCAUCAGAAGGCUACCGGAGUUCAAAUUCUGGCAUUCUGCGACGAAAGGCAUCGUGGUCGCUAUGAUUUGCACGUUCUUUGAAGCAUUCAACGUGCCAGUUUUCUGGCCCAUCCUUGUCAUGUACUUCAUCAUGCUCUUCUGCAUCACCAUGAAGCGUCAGAUCAAGCAUAUGAUUAAGUAUAGGUACCUGCCCUUUACACAUGGGAAGAGGACAUACAGAGGCAAGGAAGACACAGGGAAAACUUUUGCUAGUUAAAAUCCCUCCCCUUUCCCUCACUCAAAUUAAAGUUAUUGAUGAAGAAUGGUGCGUACAGGGGUUGAAGUUUUGUAAGUUUUUUUGUUUUUGUGGGGAUGCAAAAAAAAAAAAAAAAAAGUAGGCUUAUCGAAAAAGAGUUUUGAUCCAUGAUGACAGUGUUGGCUGUUUUAUGUAAUGAUUAUUGCUGCCUUUGAAUUGAUAAGUGCAUGGAGUAUGGAGUUUUUUAGGUCUUGGCAAGAUUCACACAAAGUUUACGGAUGAGUGUGUUGCCUAUUGUCUUGUGUACCCAGACUUAGUUUAUAGAGAGGAGGAAAACUGGGUGUAUUCACACUGUGCUAUGAUGAUGCUAAUGCUUGCAAGUGAGCUGUAUAGCUUGGGCUUUUUCAUCAUCAUUCCCCGUCCUCUUUCAUGUAAUAUUGGAAACCCUAGGAUUUGAUUUUUAUUAUGGUUAGGUGAUCAUUAGAUGGAAAUUAAACGUCAGAUAAGAGCCAGAUCUUCAUCAGCCUGCAGAAAUUUGUCACAAAACACUCAAUUAUUCCUACACAGAUGCACUGAAGUACUUUUUCUUAGCACCUAUCUCUGAACAGAUUCAGUACUUAGAUGCAAAUCAGCAAGACGCUUUGACGCUAGUGCCCGACACAUCCACCACAUGUGAUUCGCCUUCUUUCUUGAAUGUGCAUUCUCUAGUUUUCUUUUUGUAUAUAUACUUUGUGCCUAGUAACAUCCUUUCUAGCAGCUUGUAAUUUAUUCUUAAGUAGUUAAAUCUUAAAUCCCCCUGAUCAUUAAGUUGAACUGUAUUUUGAUGCUCAGUAGAACUUAGCUGUACAUUUGUAAUAGUUACAUCAUUCCAAACAAAACUUUUUUCUCUCUCUUUCUCUUUUCUUUUUCAGAGGAAACAUAAGAGUCUUGAGGGCUUUAAAAAUGUAAGAAAUGGAUGGAGAGGGUUGACAUUUAUUCUUUUAAUUAACAUUGUUCUGGACCCUAACUGCUAAUAUAGAGAGAGGUUUUUUUCAGCACUGUAGGUGAGGAUCAAAACAUUUUUUCCUAUUAAUGUGCAUAAUGUUUUAUGGGGGUUUAUAUAUAAAUAUAUGUAUAUUUUAAAGGGUAAAUUGAGAUUAUUUUGGAUGUUUUUUUUUUUCUUCUUUUUUUUCUUUUCUUUUCCUUUAGACAUGUGAUUCCAGGUGUUAAUUUUGACAUUAAAUUAAAAUACAUAAAUUGAGUACUAGAUCUGUACAUUUCUCAUUAAAGGCAUUGCAUGUCUUUGGUUUACUUGUGUUACUGUUCAAAAGAAAAUGAUUUUAAUAACUACACUGUAAAUUUUUCACUCCAAAUGCUAUUAAAAGACAGUGUCCCUUCAA